CAUUCCCGAGGGAAAUGCCGCACCCUGGGCUUUUCCCCAUCCCCCUGCUCCCUGCCCGCAGCGCCUGAGCCCGUCCCGGGGGGCUCUGCCCGGCCAGGAUGGCAGCGCGGCACGACCCCAAAGCUGUGGCAAAGCUCAUCUCCUUUGGGACGACUCAAGAACGGAAAAUGUUCCCCCACUACUUCGCCCCAGACAGGCUGGGCAUCGAGGUGCUCGGGGUGCGGGGCAGCCCCUUCCUGGGGCCAGGCUCUUACCUGGGGCCACAGGAGAACAUCCUGAAAUCCUCCAUGAGCACCCGGGGGUACGUGCUGGGAGCCAGGACAGCCCCGCGCUUCCAGCAGAAGGCUCAGGCCGUUUCCCCCGGUCCCGCCGCCUACGGGCCCUUCCCGGCGGAGCGCGGCCGGGGCCGGCCCGCGGCCGUUCCCUUCUCCUCCAGCAGCCGCCGCUUCCCGAGCCGCCCUCGGGACCAGGAUCUGUACCCCGGGCCCGGCACGUACGAGCUCGGGGAGCCCUCGGGCAGGAAAGUGGCGUGGCCGAUGAAAUUCGGGGCUCCCGACUGGGCGGCGCUGCCGCGGCCCCCGCGGAGGAUGCUGAAGGUGCAGGUGCAGAAGAUGACUGUGGAUAAAAAAUUCCAGAAGAAUCAGGGCAGGGAGGCGUACCUGAGGCUGCACCAGAGCUGA